CUUGCAUUGAUUUUUGCAUUCAUAAGAGAAAGUCAAAAGCUUGCUUGUAGCUUUCUAAACUUUUUUGUAGCACUUUUUGAGCAAAGCAAGCUGUAAGAGGCAAACAGCUAAGAGUUUCAAAACCUCCCUUCAGUCAUCAUGAUCAAAAUAUAACAAAACAAAUGUGAACUUUCCAAUUAUAGUUAACAACCGAAUAUUUUAAAUAUAUUUAGAUUUUUCAGUAUGUCUCAAGAGUGGUAAUUGUUUCCUUUCAUUUUCAAUGAAGUCAUCUCUGAAAAUCUAUGUUGUUGAGUCACCUAAGAGGGAAGAAGUUUUUGAACAUCCUUUGAAACCUUCCAUAAUAACGAUUCAAGAAAGUAAAAUAAAACGGAGAUUUGGAGGCAGCAAUGCCAACAGCAAUUCAUCUUCUGUAUCGGGUACACCGAAAAAAGGUCCACUUUCAAACUUUCACCCUCUGAGCUCAGCGCUAGAUGGAAUUGAUCCGCUUUCACAGUUUGCUGCUAGCUUGGAUCCCCUUAGUCAGAUGGCAGAGGAGCAUGAAAGAGCUAAAGAACUAUCUGCAUCUAGGAAAUGUCAUUUGGAUGACUCAUUUGAGCCAUGGUCUUCAAAAAAGGUUGCUAUUCUUAGUAAAUACACAACUUCUGAAAAAUUAUCCAUUGCUACAAGUUUCUUAUCUGGUGGUGAAAAAGUUAUUGGUAAACCCACUACUACUGUGAGUGACAAAGUUAAAACAAGAUUGGAGCAACUUGAUGAUUUUGAAGAGGGCUCUGUUAAAGAAAUGAUGAACUUGAGUCAACAGGAAUAUGUGAAUCGCAUUGAAGAAUUGAAUCAGGCUUUAAGAGAAUCAUGGGAACAAGAUCAGAGAGUAAAAGCUCUUAAAAUUGGAAUACAGAGUGCAAAGCUACUUGUAGAUACAGCUGUUAUUCAAUUCUACCCAAGCAAAUUUGUUUUAAUUACAGACAUUCUUGAUAACUUUGGAAAUCUUGUAUACCAGAGAAUUCAUUCUAAAGCAGAGCAUCAAAAGCCUGGAAGCAAGCAUUCUGUUCCUCUACCAGAGCAAUUCACUCCUGAUCAGGUGCCUGAAUCAGCCAAAGAAACAUGCAGAAAUUGGUUCUUUAAAAUUGCUUCCAUACGUGAACUGAUUCCACGUUUCUACAUGGAAACUGCCAUCCUAAAGUCAUACAGUUUUCUCACUCAAGGGGAAUAUUCCAAAGCAUUGAUGCGCUUAACAAAGAUGAUAAGAGGAAUUGGAGACCCAUUAGCUGCUGCUUAUGCUCGAUGUUAUCUAUGUCGGGUUGGAAUGAGUGUGGCUCCAGAAGCUCAUGAGCAUUUGAGAAAUAAUUUCUGGGAUUUUUUGAUGAUGUAUCAUCAGUUGCAGAGCAAAUUUGUCCAAGACACUUUGACGAAACAAAACUUGGAUUUACCAGCAUAUCUUACUCUCUAUCCACCUGCUCUUGACUGGAUUCUUCAAUGUGUUACAUACAAAGCAUCAGAAACAGUUUUAAGUCAAGUGUUGCACAAUUCUAAAAAUCAGUGCAAUAGUGCUCUGUUGUUAAAUUCAGUGAUGGCUGCUUUUAAACCAGAAUUCAUUGCGAAACGUGCUACUGAACUCGUUGAAAUAAUGAAGGAAUGUGAUGAUUCUGGCUUUCCAAAACACCUACUGUUUAGAACUCUUGGUUUGUGUUUAAUUUCUGCAGAUCCUCCGGAAAAUGAAAAAUUGCAAUUGUUGAAUGACAUUUGGAAGAUUGUGACAAAACUUAAAAAUCCGGCUGAUUAUAUGAGUUGUGCUGAAGUAUGGAUUGAAUAUAUUGUCAAGCAUUUCUCUAAGCGGGAAGUGAACACUUUUCUCGGAGACAUCAUCCGCCAUAUGUUACUCGAUCGUGCAUUUGAACAACAUUAUCCACAGCUGACCAAAGUCGUAGAUCGCAUCCUUUUGCAUAUCCAUGAUUUCAGCGUCAUCUUCUCUAUGGAUAAAUUCUUGCCUUUUCUUGACAUGCUUCAGAAGGAUUCUGUUAAAGUGGACGUCUGUAAAAAUAUACUGGAAGCUUUUAUGAGAUACCAGCAAGAGACGACUUGUGAUCCCGUUAUCGUCAAUGCUGCUAUGUUCAUUUGUAAAACAAUACACGAUUCGGUCAAUGCUCUAACCUUGGAAGAUGAGAGAAGGCAGAUUGGUGUACUCAUUUGUGCAUUUAUCAGAAAAAUUAGUUUUGGGCGUGACUUUGAACAACAAUUGGGUUUCUAUGUUGAAGCCAGAGCUACUUUCAGCAACUUAGAUAUGGCCUUAAUUCAAUUAGUUCAGUGUGUAAAUCUUCUUGCUAUGAGAACAAGGCAAAUUGUUAAAGGUCACCAUACAAGGAAGACUUCAGCUUUUGUAAAGGCUUGUAUUGCCUAUUGUUUCAUUACAAUUCCUUCUCUGACGGAUGUGUUGAGUAGGCUGGAACUUUACCUUCUUUCUGCCCAAGUCGCUCUUUUGAAUCAAAGCCUCUCACAAGCCGAUGCUUUCCUAAAAUCUGCAAUAAGUUUGAUUCCAGAUACUCCUGCCUCCAUUGAAAUAGACAAUAAGCACAAAUCUACAGAACCUUUCUUAAUAUCAUAUAUCUGUAAUUUGUUAUCAACACUGCUAAUUGUGCCUGAUCAUCCAGAACAGGAACCGCUUUAUUUAAUUCGAGGUCUCAUGAACGUUAUUCAGGACUACAGUUGGGAGUCAGACUCUAAAGUCACUAUUUAUUUAAACUUCUUGAACUUGCUUUCAGCUCUCAGUCAAGAAUCUUACAUCUGGUCUAUUGAUGGAGUGGAUUCUAAUGAUGCCCUUUAUGGUAGUGAUCCCAAAUUUCUGGCGGAAAUAAACAAAAUCUCAUCGACUCUCAUUGAUGAAAUGUUAUCCCAUCUAAAACAGCUUGGAGAUAAAGGCAAUUUCAAGCGACAGUCUCAUUUAGCUCUUGAACUGAUGUGUCAUGUAGUUGCCAAUGGUGACUUAUCUUGUAAUUCACUUUUCACGCUUUGCAACAAUUUGUGGCUUUUAGCUCAUCGCCACGGAUACUGUGACACCAAGUUUGCUGAGAACUGCUUAGCCUACGUUAAAAUGAGAGGCUCAAAUCUAGGAAAUGCUUACCAAUCUUUAGCCUCAAAACUUCAAGUGCCAACUCAAGUGUAAUUAUUGAUGAGUGCUCUGAAGAAUAAUUGAUUGUAAAUGACUGCAAAAAUCUUGGACAUAAGCUGUUAUUCACUGAUAAAAUAGCUAAGAUAUACAGAAUUAAGGAAGGAAAAAAAAUUACAUUUGGGUCACCUUGUUAAUUAUAAAUUUAAAAUGUAAAUAUGAUUUAAAUGAUUCUGUAAGUUUUUUUUUUUUUUAUGUUUAUAGAAUAAAA